AAGAACUAAACAGUUCUACCAAACUUCAAUCAUCAUGAAAGUGAUCGCUCUCAUCCUCUUGUUGGCCGGCACUGCCAUGGCCCAAUAUCACCACGCCCCUGCUGCCCAUUCCGUCCAUGUAGCACCUGCCCAUGCUGCUUCCUCUGCCGGACACGCAUAUGGAGCCCACGGACAACACAGUGCCGGAUAUGCCGCCCAUGGACAAUCCCACCACGGAGAUCAAGGACUCUAUGCCGACCGAGCCCAUGCUGCCCAGGGACACCACAAUGUUGGAGCAUACGCUAAACACGAUGCCCAGGGUGCUCAAGCUUCUAACUACGGCAGAUACCGCAAUGCCGGAGCUUACGCUCACGACAAGGGUACCGGAUACGAAAAGGCCUACGCCUACGACAAGAAGGCCGGACACCACGCAGUGACCGCCGACCACGGAGCCCAAGCCGCCAACUACGGAGUGGCCAGCCGGGCUGCCCACCACAACAUCGGCGGACACGCUCAAGCCGGACACAACAAGUACGGAUCCCACGACAGAAACGGAGCCCAGGCCCAUGGCGUCCGUGCCCACGACAGCGCCGCCCACGGAGUCCAGAGCAGCGGUCACCAACAGAUGUACUUCCAAGCCCCAGGAUACGGAUACACAUACUAGACGAACUUUGAACCACCGACUAAAACAUGGGAAAAUCUGGAAACAUAGUUACUGACUUGCGACACGCCUGUGUUCAGGUGCUAUCUGUUCUCGACUUAUUUAUUGAAUUUUCUGUUUAUUUGUUUAAAAAGCCUGAAAAAAAAG